UUAUUCCGUAGCAAACAGGUUAUUUAUUUUAGUGUGUUUUGUAUCAAUACAAAUGCUUUUAUGUGUGCACCCUUUCGACAUGUUUAUACUACGUAACCUGCGAAACAUACAGUAUGCAUUGAACUUACACGUCGAUAUAGUACGUAAUGUUCAAUUUUAACUUUACCUCAAAGCAAAACAGAAUAAUAGUGGAGUUUAUUACGAGAUAUCCAUGAAUUUUAUAAUUGCUGUGGUAUCUGUACGUGUUAGAUUCCAUCGUGUAUCGCAUUAUACGAGAUGUCGGUGUAUUUUUUAGUAAACAAGUUUUAUAAAAUAGUUUAAGGCAUUCGAUGUUAUUCGUGAUGGUGAUCAGCCGUGUUUUGUGUUAUUAUGCAGAUAUUGAAUUGAGUAUUCUUAUUUUCAAUUAAUUUAUUGUUUGUUAAAUCCAAAAACAUGGAUAAACCUAAAGACCAGACAAAUGGUGAAGUUGAACUUCAAACUGUUAAAGAUAGUGAUGUGAGAGUGAACGGUUUAAAUAAAAAACAAAAAGAAAAACUAAGUUUCGUUGCAAUAUUUAACAAUUUUAGAAACUUUUUCACUGUUGAACCAUAUUUGUUAUGUUACGUAUUACCCCUUUCAAUACAAUAUUUGGGUGUUCAAAAGUUUAACACAGAGAAAGCGUGUCGUACAGAUCUGAACUACAGUCAAACUAUUUGUGACAUAAUACAAACAGGAGAAGGAAAUGAUAACAUGACCGAACUAGCUCUAAGUCGAACUUCACAAAUUGCUGCGGAUAUAUUGACAUGGAAAGAACCCCUUCAGAAAUUCAUUCCAGCAGUUUUAAUGCUUAAUAUUGGUGCAUGGAGUGACAGAACCGGGAAUAGAAAAACCUUGAUGCUUGUACCCAUUUUUGGAGAAAUGUUAUCAACUGCUGGAUUAAUGGUUGCAACAUAUUACUUUACUCAAUGGCCCUUAUGGGUUACAGGACUAAUAGACGUAAUUACUUCCUCGUGUACCGGUGGAUUUUCUGUUGCUCUGGCGGGCUGUUUUAGCUAUGUAGCAGAUGUAACAACUCAGGAUACACGCACGUUUAGAAUGGGAGUUAUGGCUGUUAUAGUCACUCUUGGUAUUCCAGUGGGAUCAUCAGUAGGUGGCAUAUUAACCGAAGAAUUAGGGUAUUAUGGUGUAUUUGGACUCGUGCUGGCCAUGUAUGCUUUUGGAUUCUUUUAUACACUAUUUAAAAUACAUGAUGUAAAACCUAUUAAACAAGAAGGGACUCUUGGGAAGAAAAUAAUAAAUUUUAUACACCCUAGGAAUUUGUGGGCUACUUUAUCUUUGAUUGUUUUGUCUCGAGGGAAACUACUGCUUCGGAUAUUACUAGUUAUUUGGGCUCAUAUUUUAAUAAUGGGUCCAGUUGUAGGUGAAGGCGCAGUAUUUUAUUAUUACACACUAAUUCGUUAUAAAAUGGAAGUGGUGGAGUUUAGUCUCUUUACCACCUAUACAGUACUUAUAGGAACUGCAGGUACCGCAAUAGCAGUGUUGCUAUUUAGCAAAACAUUGAAAUUUCAUGACUCCAUACUUGGUUUAAUUGCAACGACGUGUAAAGUGUUGGGAUCCAUUGUGUAUGCUUUUGCGCCCAAUAAGACGUGGCUGUAUGCUGCCCCUGUGUUCGAUAUCUUUGGUAACUCAGGAGUAACGGCUAUUAGAUCUCUGGGCACAAAGGUCGUAGAUCAAGAUAGUAUUGGCAAGAUGUGUUCCCUGAUUGGAUUUAUUGAUGCUAUUGUACCCGUAGUUGCAAUUCCAAUCUACACUCAGUUAUGGUCAAAUACAUUAGCCACAUUUCCGGGUGCUAUUUACUUAUUGGGUGCUAUUUUAACCGUUCCCGACUUCUUUGUAUUUGCAACAUUGUUCGUCAUGCAUAAAAAAGAAGAUCAAAACGUUGUUGCAAAUGCUGAAGUAAAAGAAAAGUAUGCUUAUGAAAAUGACAUCACUGCUCUCUAAAGGUUGAAUAUUUCAGGAUGUAGUCAGCAAGAAAUCAGUGUCAUGAAAUAAACUUUACUAUUAAAUGGUAGGAGUGCGUUUACAUUUUUUUAAACCAUGGAAAUCUCAAACAGCCUUACAGGUUAACUCUAGAAAACUAGUAAUUCAAUCAUUAAUUAAUUGCAAACGCAAAAGUAUUUUAGAACAACGACGACAAAACGAUUACGAUAAAAAAAAUUUAGAUAAAACUCCGCCUUUAAGUUUUAUUUCUAAGUAUUGAGUAAAACCAAGCUGUGAAGUCUAAAAAAUAGACAUUUUCUAAUAUACAUAUUAUUACUAAAUCGCGGUA